GAAUCAGAUGAAGUUGAGCGGAUUGGAUUAAGUCAAUUAGGUGUGUGUUCUAUGGAUAGUGUGGUUGCGCGGCGUUCCGUAGCGUUGUCGAAGCAACGAAGUGCUAGCCGUGCUGGUACGGAAUUGUCUGUGGUGGACUGUUUGUUGUCCAAGAAGGCCUCCAAGGAUUACCGCGGCCGUGCGGACGACAGCCUACUCGUCCUGCAGACAACGUCUCGUGCGCGAUGGAAACACCGGCAACGGAGUCAAGGCCUACGAGGCAGAGAGCGAGGAGGCUGACGGAGGAGCAGCUACAGGAGAUGCUGAACAGUGAUACAGACUGUUCGGAUGAUGACCCAGAUUUUUUCAGCCGAGAUCCCAGCCCUAAAAGCCAACGUUCCCAUCACCGCCAGAGGAGGUCCCGAGAGUCAUCGCAGUCCUCUGAGGAUGUCGACAAUCCUGACAAAGGCCCGCCACGGAAGAAGACUGUCAAAGCCAAAUCGGAGCCAGUAAAGAAGAAGGUUGCAACAAAGGAAGUGCGCAAGAACGGUCCCAGACGUUCUUCAUCAUGGGCGCCCGCCUAUGACGUACCACCGCCAAUAGAAAAUCCAGCUGCAUACUCGCUGUGGGAUACUGAAACCAAGGUUGUCGAACCUGUGAAGAAAGCUGACAAGACAUACUACUGCUGCGUCCGUGGUUGCGAUUCUGGUGACACAAGUGACAAAGAUGGCCUCUGGCUGUUUGCCAUGCCGGAAAAGCAGGAGCUCAUGUCGGUGUGGGUUGAGCGGUUACCAAUCAACUACGAGCGCAACCGGCCGCUGAGUCCACGGGUCUGCUUCCGCCAUUUUGACAAGUCCGACUUCGUGCGACGGCAGCAGCGACUUCUCGGCCUCCGGGAGGAUGCCAUCCCCUUGAAGAAAGAGCUCUCCGAUGACACAUUGCAGGUCAAGAAGGAAGCAUGUUAAGCAGGCUGCCGCUGGAAUUAAACGGAAGAAGCAAUGCAUUGAACAGCAGGGAAGUAGCCUGUAAGAAUAACUGCAAUGUCUGUUAACUGCUACAAAAAGUUGAGCAGGGAGGUGUGGCUUAUUGAUCUCUCUGAACAGGUAGUGUGCAUACUCGAAAUUCAUUAGAGAAAUCACUUGUCUAAUCUAAAGGCCUUGGUGCAUGUACCAAACAUGUACAUUAAGCGACUUGUGUAUGGGCUCUGCAACAUUUACCUCUGUACAUUUCUUUGGUUGUACUCGCUGGCUCAAACACUGGAGAGCCUCUUCUUGGAAAGGGAUUGAUAUGGCUAUUCGUGGACUGCACUUACAUUUAACAAACUGAAAGACCAAAAGGCUGUGAUUCAAAAAAAUUAUGAGAGAAACGCAGGGUAAAAAAGCAACUUCUUCUCUUUUUUUUUUUUCUGGGCAACACAAUGAAAAGAAAAGUAAUCGAACAUAUCUAAAGCUAGCUGCAGAAUUGUUAAUGUUUGCAUUUUUUUCUGAUCAACUCAGUUAUCACAAGCUCCAUUGCAUGAACAUUGCACCAGGUUGUUCGUGGGGACCUGACGGCGCUAUCUUAGUGCAGGUGUCAUUAGACAGCAGGACAUCUUGCGCCUAUGUUAAGGCAGGGCCAGUGACUCAAGCGUAAUGCACACUUCAUUGUUCUCUGUGUGCUUGCGCUGUUGUGAGGUGAAUCUGCGAAGUAUUCCUGUUUCUAUGAAUGCCUAUUUUCACGAAAAAUGAGCCAACGUCGCAUUCUGUUUAAGGCUGGCUAAAUGACAUUAUUUAUAUAUAAAGAUGUUUAUAAAGGAGCAGUUGUGCACUCCUUCCUCAACUUCAAAUUUAUGUUCAUGAUGUGAGGCUUUUUUUAAGUGUGAACGUAAAAUUCAUUCGUUCACUCCCCUGAUAAUUGGUCCCAGUUUGUAACCUCCUACUGCAUCAUAGCUUGCACAUAGUCAUGCAUAUAAAUAGUGCUCAUGCUUAACAUAUCUAAACUUGGGGUUCUGUCCACUUGUCACAUUUGAGGAAGGAAAGCUUUGUUAGCCACUGUUGAAAGGUGGCUAAUACCCUAUGCACAUGCUCAUAAAGCCCCAGACUACCUUUGUCUUAAAAACCAAUUGCACACAAACUGUGCAUGACUUGGAAGUCAUAGGGUAAGCUUUCUCCCAAAGUCAUUGGCUCUGUGCUUAUGCUUUAAAUACUUUUCACAUUGAACACAAUCCAACUUAUUACGCAGACCUUAUUUUCUCAGUGUUUGCAAGCAGUCUUGUUGCCAUUAGACGUGGGAGUAAUUGUGUUCUGGUUUUGGUCAGGCAAGUUGAUGUCGCAGGAGGCUGCAAAGAGCUUUGGGAAAGUUGUGGCAUGCAAUGUAUUUUUGAUUUUCAUUGUUUCCAUGCAACCUUCCUACUGUUUAUUUAUGCGACAGUAUUGGUCGAGAUUAAGAAAUAUGUUCACACUAUGCCACAAUUAUGUGUUCUGACAUAAGCUGUGUAUGCUCUCACUUCUGCCAGUUCUUUUGUGAAAUGUUUGGUGUUUCUAGAGAUGUUCGCUUUGCAGUUCACAUCUGGUCUUUGGAAAAGCAACUGUUUCGCUGCAAAUGUGGUUGUUUUUUCUCAUUUUUUUUUCAAUCUUAACAUGUUCUUUGUUUUCCUGUGAACAAGAAAGAAAGAUCUGCAUUGUGUACAGUUGGUGUACGUGUUCAGUAGACAAUUCUUUCUGCAGUAUAUUUUUUCUUCCUUUUGGCUAUUGUGUUACCUGUUGUCAUCGCCACUACUGCCAUCACCAUCAUAAUCAUUUCUAGAGUAGGUAUUAAUUCCUGUGACUCUCUUAGUGCAGCUGCUGAAUGCUUCAGUGGGGCAUUAUGAGAGCUUGAGUCACUCCAUAUCACUGUACAGAAAUGCACCUGACAGUGCAGUAAAUCAUUUCAUUCAGCACAAGGUGCGUUUUGUGCCUGGUAUGUUGCACAAGCACAUCAAAACCUUCCGGUAUGAAGCAUGUUAAUGGUUACAGUUUCUUUACUGGAUGUGCACCUGUGUACAGACCACGAAGCAUCUUCUUGUGUUUUGUUUAGCGUUGUUUUUAUAUGGAUUCAUUUUCCUCUCACUUGUUUAAAUAAAUGUUUGCCAUUUUAA